GAAGCCAACACGGACAAGCUGACGGCCUUCAUCAACACCCUGAACGGCAAGGAUGGCACCGGCUCCCACCUGGUGACGGUGCCGCCCGGGCCGAGCUUGGCCGCUGCCCCCCUCAAUUCGGACGAUGCUCUGCUGAAGAUGACGAUAACUCAGCAGGAGUUUGGGGGCCGGGCUGCCCUGCCCGACCUCAGCAGCAUGACAGAGGAGGAGCAGAUCGCCUACGCCAUGCAGAUGUCGCUGCAGGGAGCGGAGUUCGCCCAGGCGGAGGCAGCCGAGGUGGACAGCAACUCCUCUGAACCCGCCAAGGAGGAAGACGACUACGACGUGAUGCAGGACCCCGAGUUCCUGCAGAGUGUGCUGGAGAACCUGCCCGGCGUGGACCCCAACAACGAGGCCAUCCGCAACGCCAUGGGCUCCCUGGCCUCGCAGGCCUCCAAGGAGGGCAAGGACAAAAAGGAAGAGGAGAAGAAAUGA